AUGGACCAGAUGAAGAAGGCCCUCAAGGGCAUCUUCAGAGGCAAAAAGUCCAAGAAGGAUGAGUCCAAGCCCGAGGAUUCCCAGCCCGCUGCCGCUCCUGAGACGGCCACACCAUCCAAUUCCGCGACCAAGCCUACCGAGACGACGCCUGCGGCUCCCGCCCCCGCUACUGCGCCCGAGGCUGCAAAUGCAGAGACGUCGACUGUUCCCGCCGAACUGCCUCAGCCUGCCUCGCCCGCUGCUGCUCCUGCCGCUGCUCCUGCCGCUGCCCCAGCUGCGGCCCCGGCACAAGGCGAAAGCAACAAGGACGAAGCUGCUGCACUGACCGAGGUCAAGAAAGCUACGCAGAGUAGGUCAACAUCUCAUUCAAUCUCUACUCCACAACACUAUCACGACCAAGAUGCCUGGGACGGUUCCAGACGGCGGAUGAAAGUCGCCCUGGACAACCAGUGGAAUGAUCCCGUCUAA